GAUUUUGAUUUCAAAUAUGGAGCUUGUCUAGUUAAAAUUACUACUUUGUGGUUUCUGUUUUGGCGGUUUCUUGUGGUGGUCUCCUCCUUCUCUGCUGCUCUUAGUUGGUCUGUUUCGAUACGUUUCCCAGAAAAAAUAUUUGAUUUUCUCGCCUUCCCUUCUCUUUUUUCUUCCCUUUUCCCUCUUGAAAACUCACCCAUUUGUAAAGAUUUUCUCAUUUAAAUACAUGCCCAUGCUUUUGAUUUUCUCGGCAAGAAAAUGGGAUUCUUGAGCACUUUGUUGGGAUUUAUUGGUUUUGUAUUUGCAUUUCCUCUUGGACUUCUAGUUGGGUUCUUCCUCUUCGUUUAUUCUGAGCCUAAAGAUGUUAAGGAUGUAGAGGUUAGACCGCUUCAGGAACUGGACUCAGACACCUUGCAAGAUAUACUGCCUGAGAUUCCAUUAUGGGUGAAGUGCCCUGAUUACGAACGGGUGGACUGGUUAAACAAGUUUAUCUUGGAUAUGUGGCCUUACCUUGAUAAGGCAAUUUGUGCUGCAAUAAAAAGCACAACCAAAUCUAUGUUUGCAGAGUACAUUGGGAAGUAUAAGAUAGAAGAAAUUGAGUUUGAGAAUUUAACUCUUGGAACUCUUCCUCCUACCAUCCAUGGUGUCAAAGUCUAUGAGACUAAUGAGAAGGAUUUGGUGAUGGAACCAGCAAUUAGGUGGGCUGGUAAUCCCAAUAUAAUCUUGGGGUUGAAAAUAAUGUCUUUACAAAUCAAAGUACAGUUAGUUGAUUUGCAAAUAUUUGCAGCACCAAGGGUAGCCUUGAAACCUCUAGUUCCUACCUUUCCAUGUUUCGCAAACAUCAUCGUGUCGUUGAUGGAGAGGCCACAUGUAGAUUUCGGACUAAAAAUUAUGGGAGGGGAUGUGAUGUCCAUACCUGGCCUUUACAGAUUUGUUCAGGAGAUGAUCAGAAAACAAGUAGCAAGCCUUUAUCUGUGGCCCCAAUCUCUUGAUAUACCUGUUCUUGAUGCAUCAACUGUGGCUGUAAAGAAGCCUGUGGGGAUACUGCAUGUGAAGGUUGUGAGAGCAAUGAAACUCUUAAAGGCUGAUUUAUUGGGAACAUCUGAUCCAUAUGUCAAACUCAGCUUAACUGGAGAUAAGCUACCAGCAAAGAAAACCACAAUCAAGAAGAAUAAUUUAAAUCCUGUGUGGAAUGAGAACUUCAAGCUUAUUGUCAAGGAUCCUCAGUCUCAAGUUCUUCAACUACAAGUAUUUGAUUGGGAUAAGGUUGGUGGACAUGACAGAUUAGGAAUGCAGCUAAUUCCUUUAAAAGUUCUGACAAACCAUGAGCCAAAAGAAUUUACUCUUGAUUUGCUUAAGCACACAAAGAUUAACAAUUCUCAAGACAAGAAGCGAAGAGGGCAAAUCGUGGUGGAGCUAACUUUUGUGCCUUUCAAAGAAGAUAGUACUAAAUUCAAUGAAGCUUUGGAUGGUGGAAGUGAAAAGUCUUCUGAAGAGGAGAAGUUGAGUGGAGCAGGUUUACUUUCAGUUAUUGUUCAAGGAGCUCAGGAUGUAGAAGGAGUGCAUCACAAUAAUCCAUAUGCUUCAGUCCUUUUCAGAGGAGAAAAGAAGACAACAAAGAUGAUGAGAAAAACUCGAGACCCACGUUGGAAUGAGGAAUUCCAAUUUACACUUGAUCAAGCUCCUUUACAUGAGAAGAUCCGAAUUGAUGUUAUGAGCAAGAGGACACGCUUUAGUUUCAAAUCAAAGGAAUCAUUGGGGCAUGUGGAAGUUAAUCUUGAUGAUGUAGUGCAUAAUGGACGAAUCAAUGAGAAAUACCAUCUAAUUGAUUCGAAGAAUGGAAUCAUACAUGUCGAGAUUCGGUGGGAUACAGUUUGAGAACAUACAAAAGCAAACAGAAUUUUACUACAGCACCAGGAAAAAGAGAGAAUCUAUACAACACUGCUGCUGUUUUUUUUUUUUUUUUCUUUUUUUGUUUUUUCUUUUAAAUGAUUUACUGACGUUGUGAUUAUACCCAAUUAGGGUACUAAUUGGGGCUGUUUGUGCAAAAAUAUUUGGGUGAAUUAUUAUCGGAUACCUAUAUUUUUUUAAAUUAAUUAAUUAUUUAAUUUUUAUAUAAA